AUGGAGGGCGGGGAGGACAGCGGGACGCACGCGAGCGGGGGGGCGUCGCGAGGGCAAGCGGAGAUUUACCUGCCGAACUAUCGCAUCGGGAAGACGCUCGGGAUCGGGUCGUUCGGGAAGGUGAAAGUGGCGGAACACGUGCUGACGGGACACAAGGUGGCGAUCAAGAUUUUGAAUCGGAAGAAGAUCAAGGCGAUCGACAUGGAGGAAAAGGUGCGACGGGAGAUUAAGAUUUUGCGGCUGUUCAUGCAUCCGCACAUCAUUCGGUUGUACGAGAUAUUGGAGACGCCGCACGACAUCUUUUUGGUGAUGGAGUACGUGAAGUCGGGCGAGUUGUUCGAUUACAUCGUGGAGAAGGGACGAUUGGGGGAAAACGAGGCGAGGCAUUUCUUUCAACAAAUCAUAUCGGGGGUGGAGUAUUGCCAUCGGAAUAUGGUCGUGCAUCGCGACUUGAAGCCGGAAAACUUGUUGCUGGAUUCGCGGAAUAACGUCAAGAUUGCGGAUUUCGGGUUGUCGAACGUCAUGCGGGACGGUCACUUUUUGAAGACGUCGUGCGGGAGUCCCAACUACGCCGCGCCAGAGGUGAUUAGCGGCAAGCUGUACAGCGGCCCCGAGGUGGACGUGUGGAGUUGCGGGGUGAUUUUGUACGCGCUUCUGUGUGGAUCGUUGCCUUUCGACGAUGAAAGCAUCCCAAACUUGUUUAAAAAGAUCAAGGGUGGGGUAUAUAGCUUACCAAGCCAUCUGAGCCCGGGGGCGCGAGACUUAAUAUCGCGCAUGCUCUUCGUAGACCCGCUCAAGCGAAUCACCAUGGCGGAGAUUCGUCACCAUCAGUGGUUCGUCGUGCAUCUACCGCGCUAUCUCGUGGUACCGCCGCAAACGCAGAUAUCGCAAACAUCCAAUCUCGAUGGGGAGACUUUGGAUAUGGUGAUCAACUUAGGCUUUGAGCGCGAACCGUUGAUUGACGCUCUAAGGCAUCAAAUCCGUAACAAGGCGACGGUGACGUAUUACUUGCUACUGGACAAUAGGCGAAACAUAUACGGUGGGUACUUAGGCGCCGAAUACGACGAUGCAGAGAUCAUGGCGGAACACAACAACAUGCGACACGGCGUCGCGUCUGCACUAGGCGUGCGACGACCGAGUCAAGUGCACGCGCACAUGAUGCAACAGCGUCUCGUCGCCGAGCAGCGUUGGAUGCUUGGAACGGCUUCAAAGAUGGGCGCACUAGACGUUUUCAACGAGUUGAUUCGCGUAUUACGCGUGAUGGACGUGUCUUGGAAGAAGAACGGACCGUAUAACAUGAAGUGCAUGUGCGUUCUCCACUGCCACGGCGACGCUAUGGACAACGACAUGGCGGACGGUGACGUCGCGGCGGGCGAUCAAGACGCGAUGGACGAAGACCUCGGCGUCACGACACCACCAAUGAGCGAAGACGGUCGACAGCGUGAGCCUACGGUGUUGAAGUUUGAACUCCAAGUGUACAAGAUGCCAAACGAUAGGCUAAUGGUGGAUUUCCAGCGCGUGGAUGGAGGUGUGAUGAUUUCGCUCGAUAUCGCCGCAAAGCUCAUGAAAUUGCUCGAAUUGCAUUAG